CCUGUCCUAUUGGUACAUACGGACAAAAUUGUAGCAGAUCUUGCACAAAUUGUACGCAUGGCAGCACCUGUAACAAUGUGGACGGAGCCUGUCCUAGAGGAUGCAAUCCUGGAUACAAUUGGGCCGCCAACAAAAGAUGUAACACAGCGUGUGAAACCGGACGAUAUGGGUAUAAUUGUUCAUCAUACUGCAGUAUUCAUUGUCUCAAUGGCAUUUCACAAUGUGACAAAGCGACAGGGAUAUGCAAACAAGGCUGUGCGGCCGGAUAUAUGGGACGUAGUUGUUCUACAGUUUGUGCCGACGGGAAAUUUGGUCCUGGCUGUAACCUAAAUUGUAGCGGCCACUGUUAUAAUGGUGAAACAUGCACAAAAACUACUGGAAAAUGUCUAUAUGGAUGCGAGGCCGGAUAUAUUGGUUUGAAUUGUUCAACUCCGUGCCCAAACGGUACAUUUGGUGCAAACUGCAGCCGUCGUUGCCAUUGCAUAAACGGGACAGAUUGUCGUAACACGGAUGGUUUCUGCAAAAAUGGCUGUGCUUUUGGAUGGAAAGGACAUACCUGUAGUGAAGAUUUAAAUAUCAUUCAUGGUAUCCGGCAAACGGUCAGAACGAAUCAGUCUACUACACUUCCUCCAGCUGCAAAUUACGGUUCGUCGAAAGCAAUUGAUGGAGUACAAAGUUAUACAGUAGAUACGUGUGCUUGUUGCAGUGUUACAUACGGAACCUCUCCAUCUUGGUGGCAGAUUGACCUAAGAACGAAAUAUCUGAUUGAAUAUGUGGAGAUAUUUGGACGUGCGUCAGGAAAUGCAGAACAGCUGCAAGGUGCAAAGAUAUAUGCCGGAAACAUAUCCAUGGCAGGAAAUGUUACAACAGGAGAUUUCAUUUUUGAAGUUCCCAAAAUAAAUGACAGCACACAUUUCGUAGAACAUAUGGACCCUGUUAUUGCACGGUUCUUUGUCGUAAAACCGCUCUAUGGCAUCCUCACACUUUGCGAAUUUAGAUUGUUUAAAAAAGUUUUCGAAAAGUACACUUCCACAUACAAAGAAAUAAAUGAAUUCUUUAAAAAUGCCACUGGGAUUGGUCUUGAUGAAAAUUUGGACUUUCUUGAUGAUGAACUUGAUGAAAUAGAAAUGGAAACUGUUAACUCUGCAAUUAGUAGUUUAGAGCCAACCACUGCAGAGCCUGAACCUCAAGACUUAGAGCAGCCAAAUAAAAGAUUCAAGAGUGCUUCAGAAUCAGACAUAACAAGAUUAAAAGCUCAGAACACCGAGAGAACCACUGACAGCAGCACUAAAUGGGCCGUUGGCUUAUUAAAAGCCUGGAUGUCUGAAAAUGAGUAUCUGAAUGAAUCAUUUGAAGACCUGGAUCCGACAACACUGGACACGCUUCUUCAGCAAUUCUAUGCUUGUCUGCAGAGCAGGAAAGGUGGAAACUACUCCAAAUCAGCACUAGUUGGUAUCCGAGCAGAUGUAAAAGAUAGGCGUUACCUAACAAUGGCCUAUAAUGAGGCAGAUAAAACGCAUCAUGGACUUGACAAUCGAGAGAAAAGUAAGGAGCCAAGGAUGUAUGAAACGGGGGAUGACUUCUGCCCACUUAAAAGCUUUGAAAAGUACCUUUCAAAGCUCCAUCCACAAUGUGAAAGAUUAUUUCAACGGCCACAGCGAGUAUUUGCAGGUCCCGAGUCUGAAACCUGGAAUGUACAAAGUCUGACAUCUUACAUAAAACCACAUGAUGAUGAAAAACAUAACCUUAGUAAUGCACUCACCUACAAAAGCAGGACUUCUUCUGAGGUCAAGUCAUAUAAUCCAGUAAGUUCUGUGGUCGUACCAGAACCAGUAGUGGAAAUUGAAACAUCAGAGCCUAAGGAUCAACUCCAGUCACUGGACCAGUGUAGCCAGCUUCAAGUUGCUUCUUCAAGUUCAGCAUCAGUAUCCUCAAUAGGUGGGAAACAGAUUCCGGGCACAUUUUUGUUUGCAAAACUUGUCAAAAAUGAAUUGAUAAAGGAUGUUAUGCUUGAUUUAGACUGGCAUCAGUCGUUAGAGUCAUUGAAUCUCUUAUUACAAACAGAAUGCGAUGUUGGUAGCUUUGGAAACGGAUGUUCGUACUAUUGCCACUGUUCAGACAUGGAGGGCUGUAAUCCAGUUACUGGAAAAUGUCAGAAUCCUGGCUGUUUUCCCGGAUGGCAAGGGGAAGCUUGUGAUCAAGUGUGUGAUCGGCAUAACUUUGGGGCUGCUUGUAAAGAAACGUGUCAUUGUAUAAACGGUUCAUCAUGUGAGCAUACAAAUGGGACGUGUGUGGACGGCAAAUGCGAUCCUGGAUGGCUGCUACCAACAUGCAGUGCAGAAUGUCCUGCUAGACGAUAUGGCGUGAAUUGCACCAGUACAUGCCACUGCCUCAAUAAUACCGGUUGUAACCAUGUAACAGGUGUAUGUUAUAUUGGUUAUUGUGAUCCCGGAUGGCAAGGCGAUACAUGCAAUGAAGCCGGUAAUAUAUUGAUGCGACUCAAGGGCCAAGUUAAUACACAGAUGUCUUCCGUGGCUCAUAACUGGACAUCAAAUCGUGCCAUCGACGGUCUUGUUGGUCCAGAUCCUGACACAUGCCACUGCUGCAGUGGAACGGAGAAUUCUAAGCUUUCCUGGUGGAGACUUGAUUUAAGAAAAAAUGUUUCGAUCAAGUCGGUUAUCAUUUACAGCAGGGGCGCAGAAAGUUAUUACCAAGACUUGAAAGGCUUUCAGUUAUUUCUUACAAACAACACUGCGCAAGACUCAUCAGCCAUAAAUACAAAUACCAAUACAAACAUUACUGGCAACGCUUAUGAAAUUAAUGCGUCAAACACUUUGGCAAGAUAUGUAACUAUAAAGAGACCAGGAGUGCUAACAAUAUGUGAGGUUAUGAUCUUUGAAGGAGAGUGCAGGUUGGGAACAUAUGGCGAAGAAUGUAUGAAGGAGUGCCACUGUGCAGACAACAAACCGUGUAAUAAAGAAAGCGGACAUUGCCAAACAUUAAUUUGUAAAACAGGCUGGAAUGGAACAGCUUGCAACCAAGGAUGCCCACAAGAUAGAUUUGGUGACGGAUGCAAAGAACGUUGUUUUUGUGCGGAAGAUACCUGCACAACUACCUACGGUGCAUGUCCUGGACAGUGCAGGCAAGGGUAUCACGGUCCUCAUUGCAACAUAGUAUUACAGGGGAAUGGUAUUACUAAACAAAGUGAGAAUACUUCAAACAAAGUUGCAACCAUAGGAGGAUCGGUUGGAGGAUCUGUCGCAUUUCUUAUAAUUGUGAUUGCUGCUGUAUACCUAUUCAGAAGAUAUCGAACAAAAUUAAG